CUAACAAUAAAUAGCAGACGUGCAUGGCGCGCGUUGAAAUCCCCAGGACCUCUCAACCCCGCAAUGAGGGGCCCAUAGGUAUUGGAUGCAUAAUCCUCACAUUCCCCUUGGCAUCGUCCUCUCGGGCUUGCAGGCUCUCACCUCAAACAUCUCAUCUGUUUCCACUCAAGUCGUCAAUUUCCUUGGUACUGGCCAUUCCUCAAAAGCACGUGUCACUGGUGUUGUUCAGUCGAGAUGCCCCGGAUCCCGCCUCAACAAGCCCGGCGGCACUGACAAUGUAGGGACUAAUUAUUUGGUGUAAUGAAACCGGGCACGGAUAGGGCGAAUAGAAGAGGGAAGGAGGUAACUCGAUCCUUCAUACAUGCCGAUCACUCAUCCGCAGGGAGGAUCUCGAAGAUGAUUGGGAUUUUGUU